AUGACACGUCCCCUUCGCAUCGCUGUCCUUGAAUGCGACACGCCGAUCCCGCCCGUGCAGGCCAAGUUUGGUGGCUACGGAGACAUUUUCGAGGGUCUUCUGAAGAAGGGUCUAGAGGCGAGCAGCUCCACCGCUGAGAUCGAGGUUAGCAAGUGGCAUGUUGUGGAGAACCCCAUCUACCCCGACCCCAACAAGUGUGAUGCGUUGCUCCUCACUGGUAGCAGUAUGGUUGUCUUUUCUAGUACGUCAGGGCGCGGCUAA